AUGUCUCUUUCUCUUCUCUUUUGGCAGAACCAGCUCCUUGCGAAAGGCUUGCUGUUUAUAGAGGAGAAGGUUAAGCUGUGCGAAGGUGAGGAUCGCAUUGAUGUCCUGUCUGAAAUCUGGGAUCACUAUUUUACAGAGACUAUUCCUACGCUCCAGGCAAUAUUCUACCCAGUCCAGGGUCAGGAGUUGUCUAUCCGUCAGAUUGCUCUUCUUGGCUUCAGAGACUUGGUCUUGCUAAAAGUAAAGUUGGAAGAAAUUCUUCCUCUGGUCCAGACAAAGCUUCCAGCUUCCAUCAUCCAGAUGCUGUUAAUUCUGCAGAGUGUCCAUGAGCCUGCUGGUCCCAGUGAGGGCUACCUGCAGCUGGAAGAACUGGUCAAGCAGGUGGUAUCGCCAUACUUGGGUUUGUGUGAGGAUCACAGCUUCUCUGGUAGCACCUGCUUGCUUGAGAGACGGUACUCCAGAUCCCGUCCUAAGACUGGUGUACCGAAUUAUUCAUCUCAUGUGGUGACGAGCCGGCAGCCCAGUGAGAUGGUCCUGACCCCACUGACGGAGCAGGAGGGUGAGGCUUACCUGGAGAAAUGUGGUAGCAUCCGUCGCCACACCGUUGCCAAUGCUCACUCAGAUAUUCAGCUCCUGGCAAUGGCCUCCAUGAUGCACACAGGAAUGGUGAUCGAGGAGUCAGACAGUACCGACAAAUGCCGCCUCCUGCAGCCCAGUUUCAGCCACAGGCAGUGCUCCAGUGAACCCAGUAUUGCGGAUGGGCCAGAGGGAGUCAUGGCAGCAGGUAGGCAGGACCCUGCAGAGCUGAACUGCACGUCGGUCAGCUAG